AUGGAUGCGCUGCCAAGGGUGUACGCUGGGCUGCUCCUCCUGUCCCUGCUCUGCACCACRGGCCUCUGCCAAAGGAACAAAAAUAACCAAUGUGUGUUGUCCCGGGCCAAGAGCUGCACUGAGUGUAUCCGCGUGGACAAGGAAUGCUCCUUCUGCACAGAUGAGAGUUUCAAAGAGCCUCGCUGUGAUUUCCGGGAGAAUUUGCUGCGAUACGGCUGCGGGGAGGCCAGUAUUGUGUACAUGAGGGGCGAGAUGAGGACUCUGCAGAAUAUCACUAUCAGCAAGUCCUACAUGAGGACUGAGGUGGCCCCCCAAAGCAUGUUGAUGCGGCUGCGAGCUGGAGAGGAGAUGAGCUUUGACAUGGAUGUUUUCCAGCCCCUGGAGAGCCCUGUGGAUCUUUACAUCCUCAUGGACUUCUCCUACUCAAUGUCUGAUGAUCUGGACAAUCUCAAAAGCAUGGGACAAAAGCUAGCAAAGUUCCUGCAAGCCCUGACCAGCAAUUACACCAUUGGAUUUGGCAAGUUUGUGGACAAAGUCUCAUCCCCUCAGACGGACAUGAGACCUGAGAAGCUGCGCGAGCCCUGGAACAAUGCUGAUUCCCCCUUCUCCUUCAAGAACGUCAUCCGCCUGACCAGCAACAUUGACUACUUCAGCAAGGAGCUCAGGAAAGAACGCAUCUCCGGCAACCUGGAUGCCCCUGAAGGAGGCUUCGAUGCCAUCCUGCAGACAGCUGUUUGCAAGGAUAAUAUUGGCUGGAGGAAGGACAGCACUCACCUGCUUGUGUUUUCCACUGAAUCUGCCUUCCACUAUGAAGCUGAUGGCACCAACGUCCUGGCAGGGAUUCUGAGGAGGAAUGAUGAGCAGUGUCACCUGGAUCCUGAUGGCACCUACAGAUAUGACACCAAGCAGGACUAUCCAUCAGUGCCAACCCUGGUGCGCCUGUUGGGACAGCACAACAUUAUCCCCAUCUUUGCUGUCACAAACCAUUCCUACAGCUACUAUGAGAAGCUACACAAGUAUUUCCCCAUCUCUGAGAUCGGGGUGCUCCAGGAGGACUCCUCCAACAUUGUGGAGCUGCUUCGCACAGCCUUUGAGCGCAUCCGCUCCAAGAUGGACAUCCGGGCUGACUUUGUUCCCAAAGCCUUGAAGACAGAGUUCACCUCCACCAUGUAUGAAAAGACAGAAUCUGGCUCCUUCCACAUCACCCGAGGCGAAAUCGGCAAGUUCAACAUGCGCGUGAAGGCGCUUGAGUACGUAGGCAGCCAACACGUCUGCAGCCUUCCUGAGAAAGACAGGCAGGGAGUUAUCCAUGUGAAACCCACAUCCUUGAGCGACAGCCUCAAAGUCCAAGCCUCUGUCAUCUGUGACGUGUGUCCCUGUGAAGAGCAACAAGAGUUUAGCUCACCCAAGUGCAACUUCAAUGGAGACUUYGCCUGUGGCCAGUGCAUCUGUCACACAGGCUGGCGAGGGGACGCGUGUGACUGCUCCCCAGCCUCAUCCCUCAACAACGAGGCCUGCAUCCGCCCCGGCGAUGUGGAGCCCUGCUCGGGCCGGGGUGAAUGUCUCUGUGGCAAGUGCCAGUGCUACUCUGAAGACCUGAGCCUGCGCUUCGAUGGCGAGUUCUGCCAGUACGAUGUCCUGCAGUGCCCACGCACCUCCGGCUUCCUCUGCAACGACCGUGGCCGAUGCUCCAAGGGCGCGUGUGUGUGCGAGAGCGGCUGGGAGGGCCCGGGCUGCGAAUGUCCCACCAGCAACGACACCUGCAUUGACAGCAGAGGGGGCCUUUGCAAUAACCACGGGAGGUGCGAAUGUGGCAGGUGCAUCUGUGACAUAGUUUCUCUGUACACCAGCUCCACGUGUGAAAUCAGCUACUCCCUGGGUUUCCAGGCUGUGUGUGAGAACAUCCGGGACUGCGUUCAGUGCCAGGCCUGGGGAACGGGGAAGAUGAAAGGGAACUGCAGCAGCUGCCACCUCCAGGUUCACAUGGUGGAAGAGCUGAAGAAAGAAGAAGCCAACGAGCACUGCUCAUUCCAGGACGAGGAGGACGACUGCACAUACCACUACACGCUGGAGGGAGAUCCGAGUGUCCUCCCUAAUGCCACCGUCCAGGUGCAGAAGAAAAAAGAGUGCCCUCCGGGAAGCUUUCUGUGGCUCAUCCCGCUGCUUAUUUUCCUGAUCCUGCUCCUGGGCUUGCUGCUGUUGCUCUGCUGGAAGUUCUGCGCCUGCUGCAAGGCUUGCCUGGCGCUGCUUCCCUGCUGUGCACGAGGCCGCACUGUUGGCUUCAAAGAGGACCAUUACAUGCUUCGCCAGAGCCUCAUGUCCUCCGACCACCUGGACACCCCCAUGGUGCGCAGCGGGUCCCUCAAGGGCCGAGACACAGUCCGCUGGAAGAUCAACAACAAUGUCCACAAGCAGGGCUUCACCCCCAUCGCUGCCACCAACCCCAAGGAGCUCAUUCCCUAUGGGCUGUCCCUGAGGCUGACCCGGCUCUUCACACAGAACCUUCUGAAGCCAGAGAGCCGGGAGUGUGAGCARCUGCGUAAGGAAGUGGAGGACAACCUGCAUGACAUCUACAAGCACAUUCCUGGCUGCCACAGAGUCCAGCAGACCAAAUUCAGGGUACAGCCCAAUUCUGGAAAACGGCAGGACCACACAAUCGUGGACACUGUGCUCACUGCCCCUCGGUCAGCAAAGGCAGAGAUCAUCAAAGUGACAGAAAAGCAUGUUUCCCACGAGGCUUUCAAUGACCUGAAGGUGUCACCGGGUUAUUACACCGUCACCUCGGAUCAAGAUGCUCAUGGGAUGGUGGAGUUCCAGGAGGCUGUGGAGCUGGUUGAUGUCCGUGUCCCGCUCUUCAUCAGGGAGGAUGAUGACGAUGAGAAGCAGCUGCAGGUGGAGGCUAUUGAUGUCCCCACUGGCAUCGCAGAGAUUGGCCGCAGGCUCGUCAACAUCACCAUCAUCAAAGAACAAGUYGGCAGCCUCAUCACCUUCCUGCAGCCAACCUAUACUCACAGUCGCUUUGACAAAGUGGCAAAGAUCCCUGUUGUUCGGGAGAUCAUAGAUGAUGGGAAAUCCCAAGUCACAUACAGGACCAGAGAUCUCACUGCCAAGGGUGGCAGGGACUAUGUCUUCACRGAGGGUGACCUGGUCUUUCAGCCCGGAGAGACCCGUAAGGAGGUGCAGGUCCCGUUGCUGGAGCUGACCGAGAUAGACACCCUCUUGCACAACCGCCAGCUCAAGCAGUUUGCCAUUGACCUCCUCCACCCGAAGAACGGUGCCAAGAUUGGGCAGUACUCCCAGGCCACAGUGACCAUCGCUGACCCAGAGGUGGUAGAUGGUGUCUCCUCACUGGUUGGCCUAAGCCAAGUCCCCCAGACUCCCAAAGGCCGYCUGAGUGCCCCACUCAACCCCAGUGCCCAGGCUCUCAGCUCCAGGAAAAUCCGCUUCAGCUGGUUUCCUCCUCCAGGAAAACCUCAGGGAUACAAGGUGAAAUACUGGAUCCAAGGGGAUCCUGAGUCGGAAGCUAGGCUCCUCGAUGUCAAACCACCAUCGGCAGAGCUGAGUAACCUCUACCCCUUCUGUGAUUAUGAGAUGCAAGUCUGUGCCUACAACGCCAUGGGCGAAGGGCUCUACUCGGAUGUCAUCCACUGCCGCACGCUGGAGGACGUUCCCAGUGAGCCUGGCCGCUUGGCCUUCAACGUUGUGUCCUCCACCGUGACGCAGCUGAGCUGGGCUGAGCCUGCAGAAACCAAUGGGGAGAUCACAGCUUAUGAAGUCAGCUAUGGACUCGUUAACGAAGACAACAUACCCAUUGGGCCGAUGAAGAAGGUGCUGGUUGAAGAUCCAAAGAAGCGCAUGGUGCUGAUAGAAAACCUGCGGGAGUCCCAGCCAUAUCGCUACAUGGUGAAGGCAAGAAACGGUGCUGGCUGGGGGCCUGAGAGAGAAGCCACCAUUAACCUUGCUACACAACCCAAGCGCCCGAUGUCCAUCCCCAUCAUCCCUGAUGUCCCCAUCAUUGAUGCUGAGGGAGGUGAGGACUAUGACAGCUACCUGAUGUACAGUACAGAUGUGCUUCGGUCUGCRGCCAGCAGCAAGCAUCCCAGUGUCUCCGAUGACUCAGGCUCCCGGUGGAAAUAUGUGCAGUUGUUGGGAGAAGACCUGGAUCUCCGUCGCAUCACCUGGAGGCUCCCACCUGAAACCAUUCCCCGUCUCUCCGGCAGCAGCCACCUCUCCUCGGACACCGAGGGUCUCCUCCGUGAGGAGGACAGUGAUGGGGCUACUGGCAGCCUGAUGAGGAGUGGGACCCCUGGGCCCCAAGCAGGUGAAGGACAGCAUCCUCCUCCACUGAGUGUCCUGUCUCGUCCUGCCCUGAGCCAAGGGGGAUGCAACUGA